AGCCCGCUUCGCCCGAGCGGCCCUCCCGGCAGUCCGCUGGCCGCCGGGCCCCGCGGGCCUAUGGAGAGGUCACCGGCGACCGCGGACGCGGCCGCCGCCGCGGCCAGCCUGACCGCCAAGCAGCUCACGGUGGAGCACGCGGGCGAGAACCGCACGUUGUUGCUUGUCGAGGGUGCGGAGGCCGCGGCGCUGGCCCAGGCGCUGUCUGGCUGGCUGGGCCACUCGCGGUUCUACCUCACGCGGCCUGGCGACGACGCGAUCGUGCCGCUCACGGCCGCGCUGCCUGGCGGCCUGACGCUGUCGCUGCACGCGCCCCCCCGCGCGGGCGCCGGCGGGAGCCCGGACGCCCUCUCGGGCGGCACCGCCUCGGCCAGCUCGCUGCCGCAGGCCCAGCUGGCGCCCGCCGCGCCGCCUGCGCGGCGGAGGGCGUACACUGCGCCUUGGGCGGAGGAGGGCGCGCCGCCCGGGCGCAGAAGGGCGCCGCUGGCAGGAGAGCGGCGGGGCCUCUGGCGCGCGGCCCCCCUCGGGCUGGCGGCUGGGCUGCUCGCGGAGGACCCGGCGCCGCUGGACGCCGGAGACGCGGGCCACGCCGCGGAUUCAUGGAGGCGGCCGCACCCAGAGGCCGCCGCGGCGCAGGCGCCGUGGAGCGACCCGUGGGCGCGCGACGAGGGCCCCGCGGAGCACCUGGAGAGCCCCGUGCUCCGCACCGACACCGCGGGCACCGGGCUGCCGAUGGCCGAGGUCGAGGAGGCCGUGGCGAACCUCGACCGCUUCUCGCGCCUGUCCACCGAUCUGGCCAAUGAGCGAACGCUGCUGGCCUGGAUGCGCACGAGCAUGGCGGCCUUCCGCUCCACCGUCUGCUUCCUCAGCCUCGUUGGCGGCCUCAGCUACCAGGCCGCGCGCGUGAUGAUGGUGGCCGCGUGCGUCGUCUCCGCGGUGUCUGGCAUCCGCAGGUACAGCAAGAUCAAGCAGGCCACUUUCUCGCCGGUGCCCCCGCGCGAGUUCGGCCGCCUGUCGAUUUAUUGGUUCGCGUUCCUGAUGGUCACCUGCAAUCUGGCGAUCGCGGCUGGGAUGCUGUCGCCGUCCUGGGCCAAGACGUUAGCCGACGCGCAGCUGGGGUGGAGGCGGUCCCCUCCGCGCCACGACGUUCGGCUGGCACGAGGGUUCGGAGCAGCCCUGAUCGGCUCUGGAGGGGUGCCCUCGUGGUCUUCGGGGUUGGGCUGUCCGCCCCGGCAUGCUGCUGGUCUGGGGCACCUCCACUGUGCCUUGGGCCCUCGGCCCGACUUAACCCUCGGCGACGAGGCUCCCGUUCUCGACCCGCGCGCUCGCGGCCACGCUCCGACGGCACCGCGCCGCGCCCGCCUCCCUGGCGGCCUCGGUGCAUCUUGCAGGCCUCGUCGUCGGCCCUGCUCGGCUCGGGCGUACGCGUCGCGUCGCAGCGGAGAGACUUCUGCGGCCGCGCGCCCCCAGGCGAGCGCGACGAGCGGAAGAGACGUGCACCCCAGUUUCGCGCACGUCCCUCCGCCCUCCCCCUCCGCCGCCCCUCCCUCGUCCUUCCCGCCUCC